AUGACCGACAAUGCUCGUAGUGCAGUGCCUAGCACCUUCAAAACCAACGCUGCAUGUUGGUCCGUUUCUCCAACUUGGAUUGAGCAUAUGUAUUGUGUAAUGGCUGCUAUCGAUUUCGUCAAUGACGCAAUCUCGGCCGCGGAUCUGUCACCAACUGAACAUGCACUCCUGGAGCAUUUAAUCAAAGAAGCAGUCGAGCCCAAUUUUGCCGCACAAUUUAUACAGUCAAUAGUUGAUCAAGAUAAGAAUAAUGUGGAAGAUAAUUUACGCCGAUUCAAAAAAGACUGGAGAAAGUUGGCUAGCCGGUUAACAGUUGUUGAGCCCAUUUCUAUGCCACUUGACGCUAUGGUUAGAGAAAGAGAUGGGCCAUAUUGCACCAUGUCAAUGUUUCGAGAGGGCAAUACAAGGCCGGUGUCGACACUGGUUGAGUCUGCUCACGUGAUACCACCCUCAUUUCUUCGAGACAUCGAGUCCGCCGAAGAGGGACGCUUACUUCGCAUCCUUGAAGCUUUCAUUUCUACACCUAAUGUGGAUCGGUUGAAUGCAUUGCUUUCUAGUCAAAUUCAAGAUAAUGCAAUUGUCUUGCGUAAUCUUUGGUUACUUUCACCGAGUGUACAUAAGGCUUUUCGAGCUGGUCACAUAGAAGUGCGGAAGAGUGUCGAUGAUUCUGAAGACGUGGUUACCGGGGCUUUGCAAUUGGAGACGUAUAAAUUGGCGUACAAGUAUCCCGAGCCACUCAAAAACCUCUUCUUUGGAAAUGGCUUUCACUUUUCUGGAUCUCUAGAAUGGUUUGAAAUAUCUACAACAAAUCCUACAGAUCUUCCUUUGCCAAGCAAAUUUCUUUUUGAUAUCCACCGCCAUUUCAGUACUGCUCUUCACCUUUUCAGCAUCGAGGAUCAAAUUCGUUGUGGCUGGCCUAAGCCUACUAGUAGUGUCGUUGCGAUGCCGAGAAUAUGCACGCGAUAUAAACUAGCGCACAUCGCGUGCAUAUAG